UACUUUAAAACAAGCUAUCAGAAAGAGAUGAGUAAUUUGGCUCUACAGUUGUGAGGUGCCUAUGGCUUCGUCUCUUUCAUUUCCGAUCCUCAUUCCGUUCGCAAUGGAAUCCCCGUCGUGUGUGACGGUGCCGCAUAUGGCAUUUUCCAAACCUCCGAAGCACCACCGUCCUUUGGUCAGAGGUCGAGUCAGAGUUAGACCGGUAAAUCGCCGCCUCAACUCCGCUACGCUGUUCCGGUGCUCUUCCGCCGCGGACGACGCUGUCAUCACCCUUCACGUUGGGGGAAUGAUGUGCGAAGGAUGCGCUAAUAGCGUCAAAAAGCUUUUAGAAAGCCGACCUCAUGUGUUGUCUGCUCGGGUAAAUUUGGCAUCAGAGAUAGCAAUUGUUUCGCCUGCACCUGAAGAAAAACCGGCACCAAAUUAUCUAAAGCGAUUAGGGGAGGAACUUGCACAGCAUUUAACUACCUGUGGUUUUACAUCUACCCUUCAAGGAAAAUUGGCUUGUCUUUCGUUAAAAUUGGACAAGAUUAUUCCACGCUUUGAAUAUACACUUGAUGGGUCUUCAAAGGUUUCAACUUUGUUGCACUACUCAAAGUAUAAGGAAGACAUGCACCAAAGGUUCCCAUCACUAAUAGUUGUAGCAAGCAAUAUUUUGAUGUUCUCUAUGCCUAAUACAGCUUUGGCUGAAACUUGUGAGGCUGAUAACUCUUUUUUCAAUAUGCCUAUAUUGCUAGCGGUAGCCCUCAUUGGAGCCACAGUUGGAGGGUUGCUUGCUCGGCAAAGAAGAAAUGAAUUACAACGGGUAAACGAGCAAUUAAUCCAAAUCAAUGCAGCAUUAAGGAAGCAAGCCAAAAUCGAGUCUUAUGCUCCUAGCUUGAGUUAUGCUCCCAUUGGUGGUGGUAGGAUACCUGAUAAUGAAAUUAUUGUUGACCCAAAGAAGCAAGAACUAAUUUCUAAGUUGAAAAAUGGAAAGAACUUUCUAAGGAAUCAACAGUUGGAUAAAGCAUUCAUAGAGUUUAAGAAUGCACUUGAGCUUGCCCAGAACCUAAAGGAUCCUAUCGAAGAAAAAAAGGCUGCCAGAGGUCUAGGAGCCUCAUUGCAGAGACAGGGAAAAUAUCGAGAUGCUAUAAAAUAUCAUUCCAUGGUUUUGGCCAUCUCUGAACGAGAAGGGGAGGACUCAGGCAAUACAGAGGCGUUUGGGGCAAUUGCUGAUUGUUACACUGAGCUUGGAGAGCUUGAGAAAGCAGGCCAAUUCUAUGACAAAUAUAUUGCAAGACUAGAAAAGGACUAACAUGACAUGUUUCAUGUGGAUUUUCUUUUUUCUUUCUAAUCCACCCUAUAUGAAGUGAUUAUUUUUUUGAUCGAAAAUGCUUAAAUGGACUUUUUGAGGCUUCGGUAAAAAGGAUACAUCAUGUUUCCGAGAUUGAAAUAUUAGUCCUUAAGGUGAGAUUAUAUUAGAUUAGAUUGUUCUUAUUUGCAUUUUUAUUUUGUUAUGGAUAUCACUUGAACUUAAUGUUAGUAGAUAGUUUUAUAAUUUCAAGGAUAUUGUUUGAAUACUUAAUAUAUUAUCUUUAGGUGUUCUUGAGUUGAAUUGAAUUUGUAUUUAAUGCAUGUUAUAUGAUUUAUAUACCAGGUAUAUAAUUGAUUGCAUAUUACAUAGGGAUAUUUUUGUAUUGCUAGUCAAUUAUAUGAAUUUUUUAGAUAAUUUUUCAAGUUUUUCCUCGUAUUUAUCAAUGGAUUAAUCUCUCGGUAAUAUACUUAUACAGUAGUUCAUGGAUAGAAGUGUCAAAGUAGGUUCAAAUUAGUGAGCCAACCUAACUUCACUUACAAGUUUGAGGGUUGGAUUGGAAAAAAAAUAUAGUUUUUCAAAUGUAGGUCAAACUGAACCUGUCAGUUUCGAGCUGAGUAGAAGGUAAGUUGAUCCGUAACCCACCAACAAUAAUCUUUUAUUAUUUUUUGUCACAUUUUUUUUUAUAAUUGUUUACUACUUCUAAUUAUAUAGGUUGGUAUUAUGAUCUUUUUGAAUAUUAUAAUGCUAUUAAAUAAUGUUUGAAUAAUUUGAAUGUUUGAUUUAUCUGCUCGGGUUGGAAAAAAAAUCUAGUUUUUUAAAUGUAGGUCAAACUGAACUCAUCAGUUUUGAGUUGGGUAGAAUUGGAUUGAAGAUAAAGAAGAUAGCAACUGAAGCAGUUAUUUCUUCAGAUACAAAUGCAGAAGAGUGGUACAUGGACUCAAUGAUGUCUCUUUUAACAAACUAGGCUUUUAUCAAAUCUUAUAUCCUCGGUUCUCAGAUAUACAAGACAGGUUUAUAAUAAGAAUGUAUGUUGCCUUAUUGUCAA